UAGGCCUUCAGAACGCCCACAUCACUGAUUCCAGCAUUGAUCAAUCAUUGUCGACCAUGAAAGGUAUUAUCCUGUUUGUUACCGUCAUCCUGUUGUCAGCCAGUCAGAUUGCAGCCUACUGUUUCUAUGGCGGGCAAGCUCAGCAACUACCUGGUGACUCUCAAGCUGGUCAGUUUUGCGUCUUUGAGCCUACAGGCAAGACCUACGAUGAAGGGGAAACAUGGGACACAGGCAAUUGUGAGGAAUGUGAAUGUUCACAAUUCGGACAGUACGAAUGCUGCGGAUACGGAAUGCAUGCUGGAGUGAUGAACGUCGGAGACGGAUGUGAUAUUAUGAAAGUUGACUGUUUCAAUGGGGUCGUUAUAGACAUCGAUGGAUCAGGACGUUGCAAGUACGUCGGAAAUGUGAUCAAUCUUCGUGGAACUCCUUGAUCAAAAAAUGAUUUAUUCUGUAUUUCGUUUCAAAUCAAUCCUUUUAUAAAUCGUUUUUGCAAUGAGUAA